CUCAAUAAUCUGCCCUGCUCAUUCGGAUUAUCGUUUUCCUAAACGGAAUUGUAAAAAGCCAUGAAUCGGUUCCCAAAAGGAAAAGCUUUCGAUUUUCAAAAGGAUUUCCUUGGAUUUCCUAAAAUGGUUUUCAGGAAAGUCAUUUUAUUUCGCAUUGUUCUUUCGUAACACAGGUUGUAUUUCGAUUACGAAUACUGUAGAUAAACUAAAAAUACAAUUUGAUUAUAAUGGAUUCCAAUAAUGAUUCACAAAGACGAGGAAAACGUGUCGGCGACACCGAUAUCGAAAGGCAUGAAAAUCCGAAGAAACCAAAAUGGCAAUUACCUAGUGAUCUGGCUUCAUGGUCUUGCACGUAUAAAGUAAAGGCAGAUUGUGUUACAGCUCUAUUGAAAACUUUGCGUCAAUAUGACUUUCCCGACUUAAUGAGUGAUUCUCGGUCGUUACUGAAGACACCUCGUGACACACGUAAAAUGAUUCGAAAUGUUGAACCUGGAGAAUAUAUUCACAUCGGCAUUGCAGAAGGUAUUAAGUACACACUGAGACAAAAUGAGGUGGAUAUAAAUAAAGUAGAGUUCAUCGCCAUUGACUAUAACACGGAUGGAGUCCAAAUGACCGACAGUACCGAUAAUGUAUUUUGGCCUAUUUGGUGCAGAUUAGGAAGUCCUCGCAUUGGAAAACCUUUUUUAACGGGAAAUUACUACAGUUCCACUGGUCAGCCGAAAAGCUUCGACGCGUUCAUGCUUGAUUUCGUUAAUGAGUUUAAGGCACUGAUAGAUGAAGGCUUGAAAAUUGGAUUCAACAAGGUCGUGGAAAUUCGUAUGGGAAUAUUUCUAGGAGAUGCUCCAGCUCGAUGUGACGUUCUAGGUCUAAAAUACCCGACCGGUUAUUAUGGAUGUGGGAGGUGCACAGUCAUAGGGACUUACGCUAAUAAUCGAGUAUGUUUCACCGAUUUGGAUGCUCCGCUAAGAACUGACAAAAACUUUCAAGAGAGAUUGCAACCGGAACAUCAUCAUAUUAGCUCCUUGGUUGAGAAACGCUUAGAGCUGCGUUGCAUAACACAAUCGCCUCUCGAUGGAAUGCAUUUGGUCUAUGGUUGCGCGGUAAGACGUCUUUUGUUCUGGUACAACACUGACACAGUGAAUUAUAAACUUCGACUGUCCGCUACACAAAUCGAUUUAGUGAACGAUAUGUUGAACACUGCAAUGUUAUCGAAACCCAGGGAAUUUGCAAGACCGGUGAGAGACAUUAAAAACACUCAUAACUUAUUACACUUGGCAAAUGAAUGUUUGAAACAAAAUGCGCCAUUAGACGCAUUUUCGAUGUGGGAAUUCGAAACUGCCAAUUCAGGCCUAAAAGAGUUCACAAAACGCCAAGGAGCAUAUUUAGAGCAAUCGUACAAUCGAACGAUGGAAAAGUACCACAAACGCUUUGAUUUUAAUACACAGACGAAAACAUUUCCGAGUCUGUCGAUGGAAAUAGACAAGGAAUAUGAUGAAGACUACAAUGUGACUGGAAACUUUCUUUUAUCGGGUAGAAUAUAA